GCCCACUGACUCAUUUCUCAAACGGGUGCUCCUGCUGUUAAAAUUCUCAUGCCUGCACUAUCACCAACGAUGGAAGAAGGAAACAUAGUAAAAUGGCUGAAAAACGAAGGAGACACAGUAAAUGUUGGAGAUGCACUAUGUGAAAUUGAAACAGAUAAAGCAGUGGUUACCAUGGAGUCAAGUGAUGAUGGCAUAUUGGCUAAAAUCAUGAUACAGGAAGGCAGUAAAAAUGUGCGUUUGGGUUCAUUAAUUGGUUUGCUGGUAGAAGAAGGGCAAGACUGGAAGCAAGUUGAAAUACCAAGUGACACUGGUGAUGCACCCUUAUUGUCUGGACCACCAGCAGCAGUUCCUUUUCCCAUUCCUUCAGCUUCUGUAUCAUCAUUACAUAAAGUAGAACACCAUCCUGAAAAACUUAAGUUUCGCUUAAGUCCUGCUGCCCGCAACAUUCUGGAGUCACAUGGACUUGAUGCAAGUCUUUCCACGCCCUCAGGUCCUCGAGGAAUUUUUACUAAAGAGGAUGCCCUUGUACUUUUAGAGCAGAAACAGAAGGGAAAACCUUUGGAAGCAAAACAAGUGGUUUCUUCUGCCCCUCCACCACAAGUUGGAGUACCUUUAACACCAUCUCCUACAAGCAAGAUAGUUCCUGCUGCACGUCCUCCGGUUCCACCUGUUUCUGUGCCAGGGAGGCCUCCUUCCACGGGCACAUUCACUGAAGUCCCUGCUAGCAACAUUAGAAGAGUUAUUGCUAAGAGAUUAACAGAGUCAAAAACUACUGUACCUCAUGCAUAUGCAGCUGCUGAUUGUGACCUUGGGGCAGUUCUGAAGCUAAGGCAAGAGCUGGCAAAAGAUGAUGUUAAACUGUCAGUAAAUGAUUUCAUUAUCAAAGCAACUGCAGUUACCCUCAAACAAAUGCCAGAUGUGAAUGUGACCUGGGAUGGUGAGGGCCCCCGGCAGCUGCAGUCUAUAGACAUCUCUAUUGCUGUGGCAACAGACCGAGGUCUCAUUACACCAAUCAUAAAAGAUGCUGCAACCAAGGGACUUCAGGAAAUUGCUGCAUCUGCAAAGGCUCUAGCAAAGAAAGCAAGAGGUGGAAAAUUACUUCCAGAAGAAUACCAAGGAGGAUCUUUUAGCAUUUCAAACCUCGGCAUGUUUGGCAUCAGUAGCUUCAUUGCUGUCAUUAAUCCUCCUCAAGCCUGUAUCUUAGCUGUGGGAGGAGCUCGUCCAGAACUUGCACUUGUGGUGGAUGAAGAAGGAAAUGAGAAGCUUCAUCAACAACAGCUUAUGACAAUUACCUUGUCAAGUGAUGGCCGAGUAGUGGAUGAUGAACUAGCUUCCAGAUUUCUGGAAAGAUUGAAGGCUAACUUGGAAAAUCCAGCCAGUCUUGCCUUGAGUUAAAAUAGUAAAGAUUCAGCUCUUUGGUUGGCAAACUAUGAAAACUGAACUACAAAAGGAGAUAAGAAACAAGAAAAAUAACAUGUUACAUGGACAAUUAAACAACUUAUUUAUUUGAAUUAACUUGAAAGACUUCUAGCGAUUAUCACUUCUUGGCUAUUAUAUGCUGAAAAAUGGUUAAAUACAUUGAAUUUUUAUUAUUGUUUAAAAUCAUUUGCAUAAUAUGCUGAAAUAUAUAGUGUGGCUGUUCCACAUGUGGGUAUACUGGAUAAGACUUCAUGGAUAUGUCUCCAUAAAAAGUUUUAAAAGGGAACAAAUCAUCCUUUUCUUCAGGGCUAAACUUUUCUUCAGAGGAAAGGCAAAAUGACUUCUAGGUCUAGCUAGCCUUAGAAGUCAAUAUACUAUUAGUCUGUGUCAGUUUUUGCUGUUUAAAAGAGAAAGUAUUGUUCCAAUUAGAACGAACGUUCAACUAUGAGAAUCUGAGAACCUUGCAAGGAAUCUUUUUUAGUUCUUUGCAUACCAUAGUUGUUUAAUUAUGUUAAAUAGUUAUGAAAAGUAAACUUUACACUGGGCCAGGGAUAAAUUAUAAAGUGAAGGAAAGUUAGAUAAAUAUUUCAUAACAAUUUAAUGACUUCAUUGCUGACUUGAAAUACACACAUUAUUAAAAACAAACAAAACAUGUUAAAAUUAAUACUGUUUUGUUAUACUUGUUUACCUCUGAAUUCAUUAUCCUUACUGCCCUGACCUUUUGACUGUGGCCCUGCCAAUAUUAGGGCUUUAUCAAUUUCUUUGGAGUGUAUUAGGAUUUUGGCAGACAGUCUGUGUGUCAAAUGCAAAUUAUAUUAAGUAUAAUCCUAAUGUAUGUAAUAUCAUCUUAAUAACGCACACUUUUACAGACACUGGUGCCUUUCUAAAGAAAUCUCUGAUUGGAUAAAUAUAGAUUUAGUUGUGUAGGGCUUGUUCAAGGAGACUCCCCAUUGCAGCCCCUCCAAACCCCAGGAUGCUCACCUGUGUAGACCUGUCCUGGAUCAACUUAUGUACCUUAUGCUACCCUGUUUACUAGGGUCCCUGAUUCUAUAGCACUUUCAGGUAGUGUCUGGCUCAGUGAAGGUGGAGAGGAAGCCCCAUAUCUACCAGUUCUGUUGCACAUGCCUAAAUCUAGUUCCAUCCAUAUAUCCUGGCUUGGAUUGGCUUUUCUGCUCUUUCGCAGAGUGAAUUCAAAUCAGAAUGGGCUGGGAAUAGAAUAAGAUUUGGCCUUUUAAAACUACACUUCACCAAUUAUUUUAUUGCAGAAGCUAUAUAAGCCAGACCUUACAUAUAUACAUUCAACAGAUAAUCUUUUGAGUCCAAAAUAUUGCCAGACAUUAUCAGAUGGAAAGAGAAGUCUUUUUUUUAAAUGGCAAUACAGUUCUCCUAGUGUUAAUUGGCAUAUAUAACACAAUGUUUUAUAUGUCGUCUGUCACAGAUUAUAACUGAGUGCUUAAAAUUAGCUGAAUGCUAAUAUAUCUUUGUACAGAAUAAACCAAUUUUUGACAUAACAGUUUCUCCUGUAUAGAAAAGUACAGCAAAUUGUAGUAAAUAUAAUUUAUGAUGUGUGAUGAAUAAACAUGUAUGCCUCUUUCUGUGUACACAUUACCAAAGGCAAAUGCAGAUUAUGUGGCCUCUCAAAAAGUCAUCCUGUAUAAAGUGGUUGUAGAAAGAAAAUCUGAGAGUGCAGUUCUGUAAAACACAUGGCACUUAAUGGCACUUAUUUCUGAGUAAGCAUAGAACUAGGAUUGCACUGCAAAUCACACCCAAAGUGGUGUGUUAUACCUAUUUAGGGUCUUCUAAUUCACAUGUCGAUCUUGACUCAUGGCGACCUUGUGGAUGAGACAUCUCCAAGACAUCUCCUAUCUUCCAUUAUUUUUCUUAGGAGCUUAUCCCAUGGCAUACUAACUCGAUUUAUCUCUAUCCAGCUUAACACUUAAUUCAGGCAGCAUCCUGAUGUUAUCAGAAGCUUUUUACCGCUGAAUUUGCCGCCCAAAUGCAACCCAGGUCCAUUCUGCUUCCAGGAGUACUCCUCACGGCUUUUUCAGGUCCGGGAGUUUUCCAGCUUAAGAAAAUGGCUGUCGGAGUGCUCCUGGAAUCAGGGAUGGACCUGGGCUGUAUUCGGGCGGCCAAAACCUUCUGAUAACAUUAGGAUGUCACCUGUAUUAAACUUUAAGCCGGAUAGAGGUAAAUCGAUUUAGUAAGCCAUGGGAUAAGCUCCUUAGUUCUUGCAGAUUCAUACCCAUGACCUCCUUAAUAGAGUCUAUCCAUCUAACGUGUGGUCUUCCUCUCUUUCUCCUUCCCUCCAUGUUCCCUAGUAUGGUCUUUUCUAACUAGUCAUGUCUUCUCAUGAUGUGGCCAAACUAUGACAGUCUCAGUCUAAUCUUCUUGGCUUCCAGAGAGAUCUCAGACCUGAUCUCUUCUUAGAUCCAAUAGUUUGUCUUCUAAUUUAAAGUGGAAUACUGUAGAGAAGAAAUUGUUUUGUGUGUGUGUGUUUUGUAUUGUUCUUUGUGGGGAGGCUGGUAGCUGACAUCCCUAAGCAGUUGCUCCUGUGGUAUUUAAAAUAGUAUAAUCACUUGGAAAAUCCACCGCGCCCUCCAAGAAAAAGUUCAUGGCUGUAAAGAAAAAUACAAUUUAUUGAGUUUAAAAUAAUUCUGUUCAGUGUAUUUCUUUUGCCUUGUAGAUGGAUUCCACCAUAUUUUAGGAUUUUCUGGUGAGGAGCAAUCCCAGUCUCUCUGUUUUACUGUGCAGAGGAGCCACUUGAUCCUAACCACAUAAUCCUAACCAAGAUUCAGCCUGUCACAGCCCUAUUCUGAGACAGUUGUUUGGCCUCACAGCCAGUCAAUCAUGUAAGAUAUGGGUGCUUACAUAUCUGUCAGCCUGGAUACAUAAAAAAUUUGUUCUGCAGAAACUUUCUGUACCAGUCUGGGAACAGGGAAAUUUAGACGAUUGACUGGUCUGUCAAAACCAUGCAGGUACCAGGCAUAUCUAAGCGUGAUGCAUAGCUACUCAUUUCUUCACACUAAACAGUGUCUAAGAGCACACAAAUGUUAACAUUUACUUUUAUCCAAGUUUUCUUGCAUUAGCAUCAGUUCAUUUAGAAGAGGUAAAAUUUAACAGGAUGAAGUUGACACCAUGGGUCUACCAGCAUAUCUGAAGCCUAUCCAGACUACAUUUUGGCAUGCCCAUCGCAGUUUAUUAGGCCAACACAAUCCAGUGUGUUUGUUACUCCUGCAUUUGAGCAACCUUAGAUUUUCUAAAACAUAAAUGUACUACAUUCCUAACUAUGGAUUGAAGUAAUAUUUACUUGGAAUCAGUGAGAUCUCUAAAUACAAAUGCUUAAGAUUGGAUUGCAGCUAAUAAACUUAGAAUGAGCAUUCACAGAUCAAAACAUGCACAUUUUCAAGACAAAUGUAUAUACAAUAAGCAGACUCAGCAUUAUGAAAUACACUUAACAUUUUUCUUCUGACUGAGAAAUUUAAGACAUUAACAUUGGAUAUAGAAUAUGCCAUGUAGAUAACUGUAUUUUAAAUGUUACCAAUCCCGCACAUAUGUACUUGAUAACUACUGCUAUAUUGUAGUUUUAUAUACGGGUUGAGUUUGACUUAUCAGAAAUGUUUGGAACCAGAAGUGUUUUGGAUUUUGGAUUGUGGCAUAUACAUAAUGGGAUAUCUUCGAGAUGGGACCCAAGUCUAAACAUAAAAUUUAUGUUUCAUAUACAAUUAAUACAGUGUGCCUUUCCCUUAUGCGGGGAUCCAUUCUGGAUCCCUCCGUGUAAGGGGAAUUCCACGUGUGCUGGAGCCCCAUUAGAAGUAAUAGGGCUUGCGCCUGUGGCGUGCAACUGUGCGGGCACGUGCCCCAUUCUUCCAGGGCUUGCAAGGGGCUAUUCCGGCGCAGCUUUUAGCAUAUGUAAAACGUGGGCGCACUGUAUACAUAAUCUGGGGAUACUUUUAUAUGUAAUAUUUUUACUAAUGUUUGUGUACACUGAACCAUCAGAAAGCAAAGGUGUCACUAUCUCAGCCACCCAUGUAGACCAUUUUGGAUUUUGUACUGUUUCAGAUGUCAGAAUUUUGGAUAAAGGAGAUUUAACCUGUAUAUGUUUUAUGGGCAUCUGUAGAGGAUGAUCCCUUUUCAGAUUGUGAAUGUCCUUAAGCGCAGCAGGUAUUCUUAUCUACCCUCACAGUUCCUCUCCAUGACCCCAUGUAGACCAAGCCUAUUUGUCUGCACAAGAUGUUUUGCUCUGAGAAAACCAAAACCUUUCUAUAGAAAGUGGGCAGCUUUGAUGGAUCUGGUUCUAAUUUCAUACCAAUGUGUACUGAGCAAUAGCUGGUAUCAGACAAAGCCUUUGUUUUAAAGCUUUUUGCAAGGCAGUUGGCAAUGCAAAACAGUCUUGGAGGUGCAUGCUGCCCAUUCCUCAUCUAAAAAAAUUACAGAAGAGCAAAGAAUUUCUGAGUUUCACAGGAGUAAUUUAGGAAGAGUUUUUAAGCAGCUUAAAAUGCAAAAGUGAACCAUAAAGAAAAUAUAGGCAUUGUCUUAGCGUAGGACACAAAUGUUCCCCAGAAAUCAUACAACAUCAUGGGUGGGGGGAGGUCUGCAGACUUUUGGCCGAUGAGGGUGUGCAGAGCUAUUCUUUCACUGUUGGCAGAUUGAAAUUAAUAUUCUGCAAUUAAAAAAAAAUCUGAAAAGCUAGCAUCAUGGUUCAAUUUGAUUUCAAUUCAGAAAUUAUAUUUAUUCAGGAGAAAUUGCCAAUAUGUGUUAUACUGUUACGUACAUAGCAAACUUCAUACUUUAAAUAAAAUGGGCUCUUAACUGGA